AUGCACCGUCCCAUCUCGGUUACUCGUGAUCGCACUCCGAAUGAGCGUGAAGCAAUUCGUCUUGUAUACGCUGAUAUGAAAAAUCGCAAAAAGAACGGUGAAUCUGACUUGGUAAUCAAAUACAGAGAUGGAUUCCCCUAUAUUAUACCGGCCCGCAGAUCAUCCCAGGACAGACGCCAUCAAGCAUCGAACUCUGCCCUUACCCAAACAAAAAGCUAG